GGCUCCUCUUCUGCGUGCCAUGGUAGCAUGGCUCUCGGUUUUAGUGCAACUUGACGAUGAGUCACAGUUUGCAAAUAGAAUAAUAAGCAGCUGUUAUUAAAUAACCGACCGAACGGGCCCACAUUGCUCAGUAAAUUUAUUAACAGAGCGCAGUGAGAUUGUACUAUAAUAGUAAUAAAUUUCAUGUCGGAUAAAUAGAUUAAAACUCUUCGUUAAAUACAUUUAUUUUGACGUGAACGUACACAGCGAUGCAGUAUCCAACACAGUGCGUCUGUCAUAGAGCGCUUUUUGCAACAACCAACCACAAACUCCCUUACUAGCACGUCCAGCGCGCUUGGCCUGUGGAAUUGCAUCUUUUUGGGUGGUGAAGUAUGGUGGCGGCAAUGUUAUGGAGUUUCCGCUACUCCUCUGCUUUCAUGCCAUAGGUUAGGGAGCUAGCAAGAGAGCUAAGUUAGCGUCACGCUAGGCCUCCAGCAGACCAGCGGGAGAGCUUCCGAGAUCAAACACUGCUAUUCGGAAGGAGACAAAUAUUCCUUUAUGAAUCUGCAUGAGAACAGCUAAAAUCUCAGAAAUAUGGUGGUCCUCAAAAUUCGAGACCAGCCGGCUUUGCUGAAAGCUAUUUUCAAUGUGGACCCAGAUGAAGUACGCUCACUCAUAUUCAAAAAAGAGGAUGUGAAUGCACAGGACAAUGAGAAGCGGACUCCACUGCAUGCUGCUGCCUAUCUCGGAGAUGCAGAAAUUAUAGAGCUGCUGAUUCUUUCAGGUGCCAGAGUAAAUGCCAAAGAUAACAAGUGGCUCACUCCUCUGCACCGAGCUGUGGCCUCCUGCAGUGAGGAGGCUGUCCAGGUUUUGCUGAAACACUCUGCGGACGUGAACGCCAGAGACAAGAACUGGCAGACGCCGCUUCACAUCGCUGCAGCCAAUAAGGCUGUCCGCUGCGCUGAAGCCCUGGUCCCACUCCUCAGCAAUGUGAAUGUUUCAGAUAGAGCAGGCCGGACUGCCCUGCACCAUGCAGCCUUCAGCGGUCAUCUGGAGAUGGUGAGGCUCUUGCUCUCCAGAGGAGCAAACAUCAAUGCCUUUGACAAAAAGGACCGCCGUGCAAUCCACUGGGCAGCCUAUAUGGGGCACAUAGAAGUGGUGAAGCUGCUGUCAUCUCAUGGAGCUGAGGUGGCCUGCAAAGAUAAGAAAUCGUACACUCCCCUACAUGCAGCAGCCUCCAGUGGAAUGAUUAGUGUUGUGAAAUACCUCCUGGACUUGGGGGUGGAUAUCAAUGAGCCCAAUGCGUAUGGCAACACACCCCUCCACGUGGCCUGCUACAAUGGGCAGGACGUGGUGGUGAACGAGCUCAUUGAAUGUGGAGCUAACGUCAACCAGGUGAACGAGAAGGGCUUUGCACCUCUCCAUUUUACAGCCGCUUCACGCCAUGGGGCACUCUGUCUUGAGUUGCUAGUGUGCAAUGGGGCUGAUGUCAACAUCAAGAGUAAAGAUGGUAAGACUCCCCUCCACAUGACAGCCAUCCAUGGGAGGUUUUCUAGGUCUCAAGCAAUCAUUGAGAAUGGUGCUGAGAUUGACUGUGAAGAUAAAAAUGGAAAUACACCACUGCACAUUGCAGCCCGAUACGGACACGAGCUCCUCAUCAACACCCUCAUCACCAACAGAGCUGACACAGCCAAACGAGGGGUUCACGGUAUGUUCCCACUGCAUUUGGCUGCUCUCAGUGGAUUCUCUGACUGCUGCCGAAAGCUCCUGUCCUCAGGCUUUGAUAUUGAUACUCCUGAUGACUUCGGAAGGACCUGUUUACAUGCUGCAGCUGCUGGAGGAAACCUGGAAUGUCUCAAUCUUCUCCUCAACACGGGUGCAGACUUUAAUAGGAAGGAUAGCUUUGGCAGGACCCCUCUGCACUACGCUGCUGCCAACUGUAACUACCAGUGCCUGUUUGCUCUGGUGGGCUCUGGGGCCAGCGUCAAUGACCUAGACGAACGGGGCUGCACUCCUCUUCACUAUGCCGCUGCCUCUGACACAGAUGGAAAGUGCCUGGAAUACUUACUGCGAAAUGAUGCAAAUCCAGGGAUCCGGGACAAUCAGGGCUACAAUGCUGUGCACUACGCCUCGGCGUACGGACAUCGUCUCUGUCUGGAGCUGAUUGCAAGUGAAACACCUCUAGAUGUGCUAAUGGAAACCUCAGGGACAGACAUCCUUAAUGACUCUGAUGUCAGAGCUCCUGUCAGCCCCUUGCACCUUGCUGCAUACCAUGGUCACCACCAUGCUAUGGAGGUUCUGGUGCAGUCUCUGCUGGAUCUUGAUGUGAGAAACAGCCAAGGGCGCACACCCUUAGACCUGGCUGCCUUUAAGGGCCAUGUAGAGUGUGUGGACGUCCUAAUCAACCAAGGAGCCUCCAUCCUUGUCACAGACUUUACCUUGAAGCGAACCCCCAUCCAUGCUGCAGCUACCAAUGGUCAUUCAGAAUGUUUGCGUCUGCUGAUUGGAAAUUCUGACCUUCAAAGUGCAGUAGAUAUUCAAGAUGGAAAUGGACAAACACCUCUGAUGCUGUCGGUCCUGAGUGGACACACAGAUUGUGUGUAUUCUCUCUUAAAUAAGGGAGCCAGUGUAGAAGCCAAAGACAAGUGGGGCAGGACGGCCCUGCAUAGAGGAGCAGUGACUGGUCAUGAGGAAUGUGUGGAGGCCUUACUUCAGCACAGCGCCAACUUCCUGGUGCGAGACUGUAAAGGUCGCACACCGAUCCACCUGGCAGCAGCGUGUGGACACACUGGGGUACUGGGAGGUCUGCUGCAUGCUGCCCAAUCAGUGGAAACACUCCCUGUCUUAACAGACAACCAAGGCUACACCCCACUGCACUGGGCCUGCUACAAUGGUCACGAUACGUGUGUGGAGGUUUUGCUGGAACAAGAGGUUUUUCACAAGGCCGAAGGCAAUUCUUUCAGCCCCCUGCACUGUGCUGUGAUCCACGACAACGAAGGCGCAGCCGAGAUGCUGAUAGACACUCUGGGAUCUGCCAUUGUCAAUACCAAAGACAGUAAAAACAGGACCCCCCUGCAUGCAGCAGCCUUCACUGACCAUGUGGAGUGUCUCCAGCUGCUGCUGAGCCACAAUGCUCAGGUCAACAGUGUUGACACCGCAGGGAAGACCCCACUCAUGAUGGCUGCUGAGAAUGGGCAGACCAACGCUGUCGAACUGCUGGUGAGCAGUGCGAAAGCAGAUCUCACUCUGCAGGAUGCUGUAAAGAACACUGCACUUCAUCUGGCCUGCAGUAAGGGACAUGAAACCAGUGCCUUGUUGAUAUUGGAGAAGAUUACAGACAGGAACCUCAUAAAUGCCACUAACGCCGCCUUACAGACGCCUCUACAUGUGGCUGCAAGAAAUGGUCUGACUGUGGUGGUGCAGGAACUACUUGCAAAGGGAGCCAGUGUACUUGCAGUUGAUGAAAACGGUUACACACCUGCCUUGGCUUGUGCCCCAAACAAAGAUGUGGCAGACUGCCUAGCCCUAAUCCUGGCCACCAUGAUGCCUGUGUCCCCCUGCACCCCGGCAACCACCCUUCCUUUCAGUGCCAUUAACCAUUACACCGCCAGCCCCUCCAAGAGCGUCACCUUCGACAGCCUGCCAGUGCUGCGCAGCGAGCACAGCUCCUACUGCAGCUUCAACAACAUCAGCCAUCACGAGGGCUUCUACAAGGACGAGGAGCUCAACGACUCGGAUUCAGAGACGUACUGAGGGACAGGAGGAAGUGAUAAAUGCAUAAACACACACACUGUGUCUUAAAAAUCACCCACCGCCAGCUUGGGAGGCCAGAAGAAGAGAAAAAGCCCCCCAUAGGAGCCUUAAGAGAGCAAGAGAGGGAGGAGGUGCAGCAGGCUGGCCCACACUCAUCCCGACCUCAUCCAGCACCAGGUGUCCUUUCAGCUGAUACUGGACCUCAGUAACCGCUGCUUUACCAACACUGACUUCUUGAGUGCUAAAAACUGUACUUGUUGGGCAGACUGCGACCUUUGUACAGCAAUAACAUGCUGAAGAGGGAUGGUAGCACUUCGUAGAGAGCUAAACCGACAGGGACCAAAAGACAUGGAUGCAUUUUAACCCAGUUUUAACUGUAAAUGACAUUGAAAAUUUUUGAGUUUAUCGGUUGGGGGGGGGGGGCAGUUUUCAUUUUUGAAAUUUUUGUGAGGAAUUAAAGGAGGUUGAUAUCCACACACUACAUUUGUCAGAAUGCACUUGUUCUUCAAGUUUGUAAGUCAUAUAGGGGGAAAAUCAUUUAUUUUUUGAGAUCAAAAUUUUAAUAUACCCAUGUUCAUGUCCUAAACUCCUUAUUCUCUAAGGAAAAAAAUCUGAUUUUCUGACCUGACUAAUUUAAAAACAUUUGAUAUGUGCACCAGGUAUUUUUAAGUUGAUCAACCUCACCUUUGUAUAUUGAUCUGUCCAUUGCGGUUUAGUCUUUCAAGAAUAAAUUAUUUGUGUACUUUCGGUUCCUAUUUAUGUGUUCAUUUUGUGCCUUCAUUAGUUACUGAGAAAAGAUGGGUUUGUAGAGGAAGCUGUGAAAGUACAGUGAUGCACACUAGGUAAGUAAUGAAACAAUUGUAAGAAGCACUGAUCCAAUACUGAGGUAUCUGAGGCUCAGCUUUGUGAGGAGAAACACUGUAAACCAAUGAUAGGUCAACAUUUGAUUUUCUUCUGUUUGAAUGAUAUUUUUUGCUCUUAUAUUAGUCAGUGUUUGUUGACAGGUUUUGCUUGCUUUAACUUCAAAAAAACAGAAACCACUUGAUCCUACCAUGAUUCAAAACUCCCUUUUCUGUCUGUUGAAAAAUCCUUUUAACUGGAAAUAUGUACAAUACAUUUGCUAGCUUCAUUAGAAGGGACAAGAUUUUUUUUCUAUUCCUUGCUUUUUCUUGAAGAGGGAUGAAACUAGCAUGUAUAUAGAAAUUAUGACUGUGAAUUCAAAGCUCCAAUGAAUUCUUUCAGUACUGAGAUUGCUGUAUAUUUUAUGAGUAAUAAAGAAAUGAGUUAUUUAA